UAAUCUGGCAACACUGGCUCUUAUGUCAAACAUUCACUUCCUCCGUUUUGAUAAAAAAGAGAAUCAUGGCGGCGUCUGUUGUAAACCGACCGAUCGUAGAAAAAUUGCAACAUCUCCUCCAAGACUCAACAUACCGCGAUGCAGUGGAAAACUCAGCCUCUUUUAAUACGCGGAUGGCUUUGGAGAAACGGAUGAGGUUACCUUUCCUUGAUGCACAAACUGGAGUGGCACAAAAUCACUGUCACCUAUGGAUGCAACCUCGUCACCGUAUGCCUGGGCUCACUGCUGAUCAAGUGUAUACCUACCCUGCCAAACGUUGGCGAAAGAAAAGACGUUCAUACUUGGUCACAUAUGCUCAGUCUCCCAAGAAGAAGGAAGUUCCACCUCCUCCAGAGGUGGAAAUUGAAGUACCUGCUCCAGUAGAACCAUUACUACUGAGUAGUGUUAUUCAACCAAUCAAUGAAGACAGCAAAGACAGUACUUCUCAUGCUGUACUCUCAAAUAAAGAUGAAGCUUCCAAGGAUGGCUGGUACUUUGAUGAAAUGCAACCUGAACCAGACGACUUUGAGGAACCAGACGCAGAUUCAGAUUUUGACUACGAAGAGAGCAAUAAAAAGAAAAAGAAAAAAGCUAUGGCGAAACAAACCCCAGCUAAGACGCCCAGUACUCGUGGUAGAAAGAAACAGAUUCCAAUGAACUAUGACGCAACAGACACGGAAAAGCCUUAUUCGUGCGAAACUUGUGGUGCACGAUACAAGACUCGCCCCGGUCUCACCUAUCACUACACUCAUUCGCACAAGAAUUUGCUUGAUGGAGGCGGUGAUGACGAGGAUUCAGGACCGGCCACUCCGACGGCCGGCUCCAGUGCAGGCUCCGGCAUGGUUUCCACUCCCUCCACUCCACUUAAUCCCAUGCACGGACAGAGCAUGAUGUCCUCAAAUGCUGAGACCCCAUCAGGACGCAGCCGCAGUAGUCGAAACGGUCCAAUGCCAACAACUCCCAUAGGGUUACCGCCGAGCUCGCAGUCAGAGAUGCCGAAACGGCCUAUGCCUCCACAUCCUCAAGUUCCUGUUAACACUCAGUUCAAUACAAUCAGUGGUAGUAUUGCCGCCGGUGUAGCCCCACCAGUCGCCCCCACCGCCGCUGCUGCAGGAAGCAAUGUUUAUACCGGACCCGUCGCCGCUCCUGCCGUACGUGAAAUGGAAAUGAAAGCUCGAGCUCCCCCUUCUCCUUAUUGCGAUUUUUGUUUAGGAGAUGCCACUGAAAACAAGAAAUCAGGCCACCCAGAGGAGCUUGUCUCGUGCGCCGACUGUGGACGUUCAGGACACCCAUCGUGCUUGCAGUUUACUGCCAACAUGAUUAUCUCGGUCAAGCAGUACCGCUGGCAAUGUAUCGAGUGCAAAUGCUGUAGUCUGUGUGGGAAUUCGGACAACGAUGAACAGUUGCUCUUCUGCGAUGAUUGUGACCGUGGUUAUCACAUGUAUUGCCUGAAACCACCUCUCUCGGAGCCGCCAGAGGGAUCUUGGAGUUGCCAUUUAUGUCUCGUUAGCUUUCAUCGCAAAUAAAAUGAAAGCUAACUCUCAUCCGUCUCACUCCGAAGAAAAAGUGUUCUGCGUCUUAAUUUUCUUAGUUUCGUCUUCGUCAACCUCAUCGAAAAUGCCCCUUUCGUGUCUGAAGACGGCGUCCGUUUGAAAUGGAUAUUCAUAGUUUCCAUUUCUUUCGUUCUUCAUUAAAACAGUGUAUCAUUUCAUACGUUUCCGCUAGGAUGAUGGCACACACUUCUUACUACUGCUCGUUACGUGCGUUUCAUGUAACUCCUCCUGGAAUUCUCUUUUUCCAGGAAGAAGAAAAACCGAAAAACAAGACGGUUGUUGUGUAUUUCAUUUGAUCUGCCUCUUUUUAGCCUCCAGCUGCAACUUCAAGCGAUUUAUUUGUUGCUGGGCCGAGCAUUUGUCUAUGAAUGCAUUUUAAAAUACCGUUUGCUGCGUCGAAAAUUCUGUCUUUUUGAUAAGAGUUGUCUGUCGGUUUGUCAUUUAUAUCUCUUGGGAGUUGUCAAUUUUGUCUCGCCAAUUUCCAACACAAAUACAAUAAGCCUCACUUCGUCCCCUG